ACUCGCACACACUACAGUCGAUCAACAGUGACGGAUUACAGAAGACUCACUGACAGAAGUGAGGGCACGAUUGGAUCUAUAACUUUUCCAUCAACAUGUCAAAGGUAUUUAAGAAGACCAGCGGCAAUGGACAUAUUGCCCUGUACUUGGGGAAGCGAGACUUUGUGGACAAUGUGGAUUCAGUGGAACUAGUUGAAGGGGUAAUCAAAGUGGACCCUUCUGGUCUUAAUGGCAGGAAAGUAUUUGUCUACCUUGCUUGUGCCUUCCGCUAUGGAAGCGAAGACUUGGAUGUCAUCGGGCUGUCCUUCAGGAGAGACAUCUGGAUACAGCGUGUUCAGGUGUAUCCACCUACAGGUGGAAACGCAGCCAAAUCACCUUUGCAGGAGUCCCUCAUAAAGAAAGUUGGAGAGCAAGGAUGUCCCUUUUCCUUUCAGAUGCCAACAAAUCUCCCAUGCUCAGUCGGCUUACAGCCUGGGCCAAACGAUGCUGGCAAGGCCUGUGGCGUGGACUUUGAGGUGAAAGGAUACAUUGCCAACUUACCUGACAGUGCAGAUGAAGUCAUUGACAAGAAGGACACUUGCCGUCUGAUGAUUCGUAAAAUACAAUUUGCACCAGCUAACAACAAGCCCGGACCCAAGGCUGAUAUAGCCAAGCAGUUCAUGAUGACUGACAAACCAGUUAACUUGGAGGCCUCCCUUGAAAAAGAGAUCUAUUACCAUGGAGAUCCAAUCACCGUCAAACUAAAAGUCAACAACGAAACCACUAAGGUUGUGAAGAAAAUCAAAAUCUCAGUUGAGCAGCUAACGAGUGUGGUCCUCUACUCAUCUGAUACUUACACCAAGGCAGUCUGCACUGAGGAGUUUGGGGAGACAAUAAAUGCCAACUCUACAUUCGAGAAGUCCUUCCAAAUAACCCCCCUGCUGUCCAACAACAAAGAGAAGCGGGGUCUUGCAGUGGAUGGACGGCUAAAAGAUGAGGACACGCAUCUCGCAUCCACUACCCUGAGUCAAGGAGAAAAGGAGAUGCAGGGAAUCAUUGUCUCCUACAAAGUGAAGGUGAAUCUAGUGGUGUCCGGUGGAGGCCUGCUCGGUGGCCUAACAGGAAGCGAUGUCAUUGUGGAGCUUCCUCUGACUCUGAUGUCCCCAAAACCCGCAGAAGUCACAUUGGACUAAAGGCCUCUUUAGUUCAGGGCAGAAAUCACAAUUGAGUCCAUGGAAGGAUGAGACGACCAGCGAAGGAAAAUCACCUCUCUGACAGAGAACACAGAACACAAAGGAACUCAGCACAGUGAAGAGAACACAGAACACAAAGGAACUCAACACCAAUGAAGAGAACCACUACUCAUCACUGAGUUACUAUAAUGUUCUUACUUCCCUUGCACGUAUACAUUUUUAGUAGGCAUUGCUGCAAGAGUUCUAUCAUUGAAACAGAGUCUAAACUCUCUGUGACAUUUCUCUGAAUGCCAUCAUAACAUUAUAUAGAAAUAAAGAUGUGUUGUAUAAUUUUCUUUGUCAGAGCAAAUGUCCCUUAGCAUAGAUAGUUAUGAAUACCGACAAUGCAGUGCUUAAUUUAUUGUUAAUGUUUAUUGCCAUGUCAUUAGAGCCAUCACACAUUAUGAAUGAAUGUGCAGCUGUGGGGUGAAUAUCCCCAAAAUACUACUGUCACUCUUUAUAGACAAGAGAAGGAAAUAAACAUGUUG